AUGGCUAUAAUGCGAUCGAAAAGAGAAGGCUAUGUUUUUAGCUGGCGCAAAAUGUCACUGCAUGGCAACAGAAGAGUUCAAUGCACUGCAUCGUUUCAGACUCACGACAGUACCUCGUCAGAAGUUAUCAAAUGGACCUGCAAAGCGAAUCAAAUGUGUUGCGGGCUAAAGGCAUGUUGUCCGGAUGCAGAUGAUGACAUAGGCAUGCAGAUCUACUCUUUAGUAAAGGUUGUGUUAGGGUUUCUCUCCAUUGCGAUACUAAUUUGUUGCCUUUGCUGCCUUUGUACGAGAGCUACCAAGGAAGAUGAUACAGAUGAACAUGGUCCUUCCACUUCACGUAGACAAUGUGCUACUUCUAAUGGGAUCUCCAAUGGGACCACGCCGUAUCCAGGAAAAACUCAUCGAUGUGCUACGAGUAACGGAGCAACACCUCAUCCCCCGCCUUAUUCAUCUACAGAUCCUGUCUCGCAAGAUCCCAACUAUUACCUUCCAGGAUACCCUCCACCUUAUCCACCUGCUUAUCCCCAGAGUUAUCCAGCAUCACCUGUACAAUCACCACCUCAUUACUGCUCAUUACAACCUCGUCCAGUACCCACAGAAUCACCACAAAGACCAGUAUCAUCAUAA